AUGACGAUGAGGAAGGAAGAGAUCAUUCAAGUACAAGACACGCCGGGGGAAGUACCUCUCAUGAACAGGUUGAAUCUUUUGGAAACCGUCGAGACAGACGACACUGCCAGUCCGAGAGGCGGACAGGUCUGCCAAUCGAAAAUUGGCGUGGAGGCAGAGCUGAAGAGGCAGACAUCAUGCAGAGCCGUGCAGAGCCAGCCACGGUGCCAUGAACCUGGAUACCGCUGCCUCCCCCUGAGUUUCAUACAACCGAGUGGCUUGUUGCGCCAUUUCGGAGGGCAGUUGAGAGUCAACCACACUUCUCAGGAACUUCCAGACAAUCCUGUGUUCAGCGUGAAAGGUGUAGAUCAGUGUGACAGUAAAGCAAGACCGCUGAGUACACAAACCAAAUGUGAUGAAACCCACAAGGUUUUUCGCCCAGAACCUUCCUUCACCAAGAAUCUGAUGGAAAUUGGCACUCGUCGCAUCUUUUCUGAAGAGCAUGACAUAUUCAGACAAAGCAUGAGAAGAUUCUUUGAAGCAGAAGUGCUUCCAUAUCAUACACACGUAUGCUCCGCCUAUUUACAAGUUUUUAUAACAAAUGGCUGGAUGUGUGAUGUGGUAAUCGUUGUAGCUGUAACAGAUCAUAAGGCACAUUCCAAAGCCCAUGGGUUAAGUCUGUUUCUUGUGGAUAAUGGCAUGAAUGGAUUCAUCAAAGGAAAGAAAUUGGAGAAGAUUGGUUUGAAAGCACAGGAUACAGCUGAGCUCUUCUUUGAGGAUGUAUGCUUGCCACCUGAUGCUUUGCUUGGAGAGGUUAAUAAGGGUUUCUACUAUCUUAUGACAGAACUUCCACAGGAACGAUUGCUGAUUGCUGACAUGGCUCUUGCAAACUGUGAAUUCAUGUUUGAGGAAACUAGAAAGUAUGUGAGACAGAGAAAGGUUUUUGGAAAAACUGUUGCUGAUUUGCAGACUGUGCAGCAUAAACUGGCGGAAAUAAAGACACAGACUUGUGUGGGGAGAGCAUUCGUUGACAGCUGCCUGCAGUUGCAUAAAGAGCGACGACUGGAUUCAGCUACGGCUUCCAUGGCCAAAUACUGGGCUUCUGAGCAACAGACUAAUGUAGCCAAUCAAUGUGUACAACUUCAUGGUGGAUGGGGUUACAUGUGGGAAUAUCCAAUUGCUAAGUCUUUUGUGGAUUCCCGUGUUCAGCUGAUUUAUGGUGGUACAAAUGAAGUAAUGAAGGAGCUUAUUGCUCGAGGAAUUACAAGUGACUGAUGAAAUGUUGGGAAAAUAGGAUCUGCAAUGUCACUGUUUCUGUUGAAGUACCUUUGCAUCUGAAAACGUAUACCGUUUACCUAUUAAAUUUAUGCAAAACUGAGAGAAAUCUGUAUAAACUACAAGGAAUUUUAGAAAUGAGAAAUUGAAUAUUGAUAAGAGAAAACAAUAGAUUUUUUAAAUGUGAUUCCUGUUUCAAUGCAGAAUCCAUAUUGUGUGGCUUAGAUAUGUGCUAUUUCCUUUUAAAUUUCCCUUUGUUUACUUGCUGUUUCUGAAACUGUGAUGGCCACAGCUCAUUCUGUUGUUGGCUUGAACAAAACAAACCUGUCCAUGAAUUUAUUGUUGAGGCAGCAAACCAGAACACAGUGGUAGUGUUUCCAUUGGAAUGGUUAACCUGUUCAACUAAGGUCGGCAUUCAUUUUGAAGAAAGCGGGGACAAGUUAACAAUGUUCCAGUGAACUUUUUAACUUGAGUUUUGUUUUUUUGUCCAUUUUUAUAUGUGCACUUUCAUUUUAAAAUGCUAAUGGACACUGAUCUGAUACAACUGUAAUAAAUUUAAAUAUUGGUACUCAGAAUGUGGCAGAGAGUAUUGACUUAAAGCUGUACAGCAUAACAUUGCUUCGCUUGGUGUAAUAUUUGAAUUGAAAUGAGUAUUUGCCGAUAUAAUCACGCAUUGAGUAAUUACGCCAUUCAUUGUAGUCUAUUGAAAUCUCAAAGCUCCCAAUAGCUGACUUGAGGUAAAUAAUGUAUUAGUUCAGUGUCCCUUAGAGUGUGUCUUACUGGCUACCAUGUUUACCAUCCAGUUUGUACCUCUUAUCCAAGAAGGGGCAAUCCGCCGCUGUUCUUGCUCCUAAUCGCUGUCUAGAGACUCUUGUUGGGAAGUGUGUUUGUAUGUGAAAUGUAUUCUGUAUUGUAGCUUGCAUGUUGAUUUUUGCAUACCAACAAUGUCUAGGCUCACACCUGAAGAAUGGUCCUGUGAGUGAGUUACUGAAGGGAGAACAGCAUCUGUAGAACUACAGCUUGGAGAGAAACAAAAUCGGCAAUUAAAAAAAUAUAAUUUUCCAAAAUGCUAAUGGGUUCCUUAGACAGCAUGGGAUACAUUUGUUCCCAGAAACAGGUAAAUUGCAGUGUCAAUAAAUUGUCAUGCCAGUGUCAUAAUUCAUAAUUUCUAACUGCAAAAGAAUG